AGGCACAGGCUCGCUGUCACAGGAUCGGACAGAGUAAGGCAGUGAAGGUGUAUCGCUUGAUUACCCGGAACUCAUACGAGAGGGAGAUGUUUGACAAGGCCAGCCUGAAGCUGGGCCUAGACAAAGCUGUCCUGCAGUCAAUGAGUGGCCGGGAGAACGCUGUCAAUGGGAUCCAACAGUUUUCUAAAAAAGAGAUUGAAGACUUGCUGCGGAGAGGAGCAUACGGAGCCAUCAUGGAUGAGGAAGACGAAGGCUCCAAGUUCUGUGAGGAGGACAUUGAUCAGAUCCUGUCCCGAAGGACCACCACCAUCACCAUUGAGACUGAGGGCAAGGGAUCCACGUUUGCGAAGGCCAGUUUUGUUGCGACGGGGAACCGGACGGACAUUGCUCUGGAUGAUCCCAACUUCUGGCAGAAAUGGGCGAAGAAGGCGGAUAUCGACCUGGACAUGGUGAACCGGAGGAAUAACCUGGUGAUCGAUACCCCGCGGGUUCGGAAACAGACCCGGCCGUUUAACACCACCAAAGAUGAUGAUGUGGAAUUCUCGGAGAUGGACAGCGAUAACGAUGAGAGGCCCAGGUCCCGGAGAUCGUACGAUCGGCGCCACGGUUAUGGCCGUACGGAGUGUUUCAGGGUGGAGAAGAACCUACUGGUCUAUGGCUGGGGCCGCUGGAAGGAUAUCCUCGCUCACGGACGCUUCAAACGCCGGAUGACGGAACGUGACGUGGAAGUGAUCUGCCGAACCAUCCUUGUCUACUGCCUGCUGCACUACCGGGGAGACGAGAAGAUCAAGGGCUUUAUAUGGGACCUGAUUACUCCGACUGAGAAUGGACAGACCAAGGAGCUGCAGAACCAUUCCGGACUCUCAGCUCCUGUUCCCAGAGGCCGUAAGGGUAAGAAGGUGAAGAACCAGGGCAGCUCCUUUGACGUACAGAAGGCUGUGUGGAUCCGAAAGUGUAACCCCGACAUCCUGCUGCACGACGACAGCUACAAGAAGCACCUCAAACACCACUGCAACAAGGUCCUGCUGCGAGUGCGAAUGCUGUACUACCUAAAGCAGGAAGUGAUCGGUGACCAGUCUGACAGCGUCCUGAAUGGAGCAGAUAUCAAUGAUAUUGAUGUGUGGAUCCCAGAGGUGGACACGAUGGAAGUGCCUGCUGAUUGGUGGGAUGAAGACGCUGAUAAGUCGCUGCUGGUUGGAGUCUUCAAGCACGGUUAUGAGAAAUAUAACACGAUCCGUGCAGACCCUGCUCUCUGUUUCCUGGAGCAGGUCGGGCGGCCGGAUGAGAAGGCCAUCGCAGCCGAACAGAGAGGGACCGAUAACUUCGGUGACAUCGGUGACAGCGGGGAUUUUGAGCGGGAUCUAGAGGACCCAGAGUACAAGCCCCUCAUCCUGGGGAGAGAACAGCGUGACGAUGACGGCGAUGUAAUGGUGCUGGAUGAGGACAUUUCAGUGGACGGUGAUGAUGGUGUGAGCCUGCACAGCCAGUCUCAGUACUGGCCCACCCCGUCGGUGCUGACCGCGCGCCUGCGCCGGCUGGUCACAGCGUACCAGCGCACGUACAAGCAGGAGCAGCAGAAGAGCGAGGCAGUGGAGAAGGGGGAUCGGAGACGGCGGCGAUGUGAGGCGGCCUUCAAGCUGAAAGAAAUCGCAAGGCGAGAAAAGCAACAAAAGUGGACGAGCCGGGAGGAGACUGACUUUUACAGAGUGGUGUCAACGUUCGGCGUGGAGUUUGACCCUCAGCGGCGGCAGUACCAGUGGGAGCGGUUCCGUGCCAUCGCCAGGUUGGACAGGAAGACCGAUGAAACUCUCACCAAGUACCUACAGAUGUUCAUGGCCAUGUGUCGCAGGGUGUGUGGGCUGCCGCUGGAGGAGGGGGAAGAGUACCCAGACAUGAGCCGGCAGGUGAAGCAGCUGACGGAGGAGCGUGCCAGGCGAUCCCUGUACCGGCUGGAGCUGCUGCGGAAGGUGCGGGAGCAGGUCCUGUACCACCCGCAGCUGGAGGAACACCUGAGGCUGUGCCAGGCCUGGCCCGAGCUGCCCGAGUGGUGGGAGAGCGGCCGCCACGACCUGGAGCUGCUCACUGGAGCCGCCCGCCAUGGCCUGUGCCGCCCUGACUGCCACCCGAUGGACGACCCCGAGCUCUCCUUCCGCGCCUGCCGCCGGAGCCACCGCCAGCGAGGGGCCGGCUCCCGCAGUUCCACCCCUCUCCCCCCGGCCCCGGGGCGGGUUCCCGCCGAGGGGGAGGUGGAGGGGACCCCCCGCAGCCCACCGCCUGAGCAGACCGGCCCCCGCCAUGACCGCCCGUCCGAGAAGGGGACCGCCUCCCGGGCGCCGCCAGACGACUGGGCCAAGGAAUCCGACUGGGAUUCGGACAAGUCCUCGUCGGUGGGCAGCUCGCCGGCCAGCCUUUCUGAGGACAGCGACGACGAAGACAAGGACGACAAGCCGGCUUCUGAGGGUCCAUCACGCUCGAAGACCUACGACGAGGAGAGCAUGAUCUCUGUGAACACUUCCCGGGAUGAGACCCAGGAUGGGUUUGUGAACGAGGACUUGGAGCCCACCCUGGGGGACUUCCUACAAGACAGGCUGCGGUUUCCAGCUCCCGACUGGCCCAAGGUAAGAGCAGAUGGUGACUCCUUCCUCCCCAUUCAGUGCCAAACAAUUGAUGGGAGAGGACAGGCACUCGUUGAGGAAUUUGCGACAUGUUUGAGGAGCGGCGAGUUGGGUGAACGUCCUUAAAGUAACGACCCAGAACGCCCUCACCAGCAUUUUCGGAGGGUGCACGGAUACUUUGGAGAGGGGACAGAGAAAGAUUACCCGGAUGGUGCGUGGUGUUGGCGGGGGGUGAAUUUUAGCUGAAGGAAGGUCGGACAGACUGGGUUUGUUCUCACUGGGACACAGGAGGUUGAGGGAGCGACCUGAUAGAAGUUUAUAAGAUUGAGAAUGGGAUGGACAGAGGGGGAAGUAUCAAGCUUUAUCCCCAGAUCGGAGGGUCAGUUACUAGGUUCAGGAUGAGAGGGGAGGAAGUUUGAAAGAGAGAUGUAUGAGGCAGGUUUUUCACACAAAAAGGGUGGUGAGUGCCUGGAACGUGCUGCCAGAGGAGGUGGUGGAAGCAGAUACAAUAGCAACAUUCAAGAAACACCUGGAUAAAUACACGAAUAGGAAGGGAAUAGAAAGAUGUGGAUCCUGUAAGUGAAGGCGGUUUUACUCUGGAAGGGCGCAGUGUGUCAGUGCAGACUUGGAGAGCCGAAUGGCCUGCUCCUCUGGUGUAUUGUUCUUCGCCAACCAGACGUGCCUGUAUUUGGUAAUUCCCCGUCUCCCAGCAGCCGCUCAGUGGAUGGAAUUGCUGAGUGGAUAAGUGUGAGGUUAUCCAUUUCAGUCAGGGGAACAGAAAGGCCGCGUACUAUCAAAACGGGGCGGGAAGGCGCCGAGCUUUCGGUGCAGAGGGAUCUGCGUGUCCCCUGUGCAUGAGCCGCAGAUACUUCGCACACAGGGAGAGCAGGAAAUGAGGAAGGCAGAUGGAAUAUUGGCACUUAAUGCGAAAGGAAUAGAGUGUGAAAGUGUUGCUGCAACGUCACAAGGCAUUAGUGAGACUGAACCUGGAGUAUUGUGUACAGUUCUGGUCUCCUUAUGGGAGGAGGAAUGCACUUGUAUUGGAGGCAGAUAGGAGGAUGUUCACCCGGUUGAUUCCAGAGUUCGUUAGGCCACUUUGGAAUGCUGUGUUUAAUUCUGGUCUCCCUGCUAUAGGAAGGAUAUU